UAUGAUAUUAUUCUUACAGCAUGUGGUUCCCUUAGAUAUUAAAAUCACUUCCCUCUGCUAAGGCAAAUUUCUAAGGGUACUAAAGACAAAACUGCAUCACUUCACUUCACUUUCUAUUUCCUCCACGAUAACAAUAAAUCCAUUGCAGCGUGAUCAAGUUCACAUACAUCAAGCCACGCCCUUCCGCGCUUGCGAAAUGCUAAGCCCCGCCCCCUUAACGCAUCCUCCUCCGUAUUACUAUGGGCGUUGAUUUCCGGUAAUUUUGCGUCUGGAUUUGUUUUUGUUCUUCAUGUUGCACAGCGUGUGUCUUACUCGUGCACUUUUGUUUGUAUGCUCGCGUGCGUUUGUGGGCGUGCGGCUGUGGUCUUUUAACGGUUCCCGGUUUCGGGUACUGUCACCGCCUCCCACCCCUCUUCCUCCUCCUCCUUCCUCGCGUCCCUACAUGCGAGUCACCGUCGCGGCUCCACGCAUCGCUGGCCCGCAAUGACCAAGAGCCCCGAAACGCAGCCGGCCGACGGGGACGUGUGUCAGCGGGCGAAGAACGGACUGAGGCCGGAGAGGAACGGCUCGGCGAAGAGCCUCCGCCGCGGCCAUGAGCGGCGGCCCGAGCCCCCCCGCCGGUCCCCGGGCGAAGGAGAGGAGCGGGAGGCGGAUGCAGAGGCGGCGGAGGAGGAGGAGGAGGAGGAGGUCCCCGCGGCGCCGCGUCCCUGCGGCCCGUACGGCCGGCCCUUCGCCGAGUCCUUCGAGGAGACGCCCAUGCUGGUGGCGGUGCUCACCUACAUGGGCUACGGCGUCCUGACCGUCUUCGGCUACCUGCGCGACUUCCUCCGCCACUGGAAGAUCGACCGCUGCCACAUCGGCAGGGAGAAGGAGGAGCAGACGGGUUUCGUGCCCCUUUACCAGGACUUUGAGAACUUCUACACCCGAAACCUCUACAUACGCAUACGGGACAACUGGAACAGGCCCCUAUGCAGCGUCCCGGGGGCCAAAAUGGACCUGAUGGAGCGAACGUCCCGCGACUACAACUGGACCUUUGACUACACGGGCCGGGUGGUGCGGGACGUGAUCAACCUGGGCUCCUACAACUACCUGGGCUUCGCCGAGAACACGGGCCCGUGCGCCGACUCCGCGGCCGAGGUCGCCGCCAAGUACGGCGUCGGGGUGGCGAGCACCAGGCAGGAGAUCGGGAACCUCGACCGACACGAGGAGAUGGAGAAGCUGGUUGCCGAGUUCCUGGGCGUGGAGUCGGCCAUGGCGUUCGGGAUGGGCUUCGCCACCAACUCCAUGAACAUACCGGCCCUGGCUGGCAAGGGCUGUCUGAUUCUGAGUGAUGAAUUGAACCACGCCUCUCUGGUCCUGGGUACCAGACUCUCAGGGUCCACCAUCAGAGUCUUCAAACACAACAACAUGCAGAGCCUCGAGAAGCUGCUGAGAGAGGCCAUAGUUCACGGGCAGCCCAGGACCCACAGGCCAUGGAAGAAGAUCCUCAUCGUGGUGGAAGGCAUCUACAGCAUGGAGGGCAGCGUGGUGCGCCUGCCCGAGGUCAUUGCCCUGAAGAAGCGCUACCGGGCCUACCUUUACCUCGACGAGGCGCACAGCAUCGGGGCCCUGGGGCCGAGGGGGAGAGGUGUGGUCGAUUACUUUGGCCUGGACCCCUGCGACGUGGACGUCAUGAUGGGCACUUUCACCAAGAGCUUCGGCGCCGCGGGGGGAUACAUCGCAGGGAAAAGGGAGCUCAUUGAGUACCUGCGUUCCCAUUCACACAGUGCGGUCUACGCCACCUCCAUGUCUCCUCCUGUGGUGGAGCAAAUCGUCACUUCCAUGAAGUGCAUUAUGGGAGAGGAUGGAACAAAAAUAGGCCUUGAGCGCGUGCAGCAGCUGGCGUUGAACACGGUCUAUUUCCGCAAGAGGCUUCGGGAUAUGGGCUUCAUCAUCUACGGCAACCAGGACUCCCCCGUGGUGCCCAUGAUGCUCUACAUGCCGGCCAAGAUAGGAGCGUUCGGCAGGGAGAUGCUGAAGAGGAACAUAGGGGUGGUGGUCGUGGGCUUCCCCGCCACGCCCAUCAUCGAGUCCCGGGCGCGCUUCUGCCUCUCAGCCGCCCACACGAAGGACGUGCUCGACAAGGCGCUGAGUGUCAUCAGUGAGGUGGGCGACCUCCUUCAGCUCAAGUAUUCCCGACACAAAAUCAAGCCGGCGCCGCCGCGGCCCUCCGACGGCGGCGGCGGCGCAUACGAGGACGUCGACGACUGAGGAGGCCGUCCACUCUCCUGAAGCGAGCGACGACCAGGACGGGGGCCCCCGAGGCCCCCGAGACACGAGCGCAGGAAGCAGCCCUCACCUGCACCCUGCCUUACUCACACAUGCAGAACUUGUGGUGCACACACUGAAAAACAAAACAAACACUUUAACCUUUUUCCUUGUUGUUCUUUUACAUUAUUAUUUUUUUUCAUUUUGUGUCAAAGACUUUAAGUUGUUGUGUGUGUGCUUGUUGCAUGUUAGACCGUGUUCGUGUGUCUCUGAACUCGUGAGCGUUGGCCAUUGCUUCGACGUGACGUCGUACCGCAACAGAGGCCACAAGUGGCCCGUUUGUGUGGUUGCCUUUAGGUUUUUACUACGACCAAAAUAAACAAAUGCCAUCCACUGUUAUUGAUGCUAAGCUAACAACCUGCUGGCCAUGACGUUCUAUGUGCGGCUUUUAUUUUAAACGUAGCGCAAAAGUGUACUUCUCAAAAACACAAAAUAAUCUUUUUCUUCAAUCAUUAUUCGUUAAUUUGUCUCAGCUCACGCUGGCUUUCAGUCAGCUGUGAGUCGCCUUCAUUUACUCCAGUGUCAAGAUUUAAGUACAUCCUGUAAACAGACGCUUAAUUGGAAUGAAAUAUUGUGAGAAAUGAUAUAUUAAUAGUCACUUCUAUUGGGAAAGAACAUGCUCUCAUUCCCACAGUUAUGUUUUAUGCCCCGUCACUGACGUCAGCAUGAUUGUAUGCUUUUUAUAUUCAUGUUAAGAAUUUAAUAUCACUUAAUAAUCGUUCUAUUCUGUUUUCAAAUGUUCAGUUCAUUGGUACCAGUGGGUCCGGUUAGUCCCUCUGAAGCAGUGCAGCAAAUAGAAGGAAAUUGCUUUAUCUUGUUUCUUUCUUCCACGUGACACACUCCCGUCUUUCACGCCCUUUAGCUUUGUGCUGCUGAGCUUCGGGCGUGGGGGGGGGAUUUAACACUUUAAAUGAAGGUCUACAAAAGUUAAAAGAAGGAUAUUUCACACGUGAUCCAUUCAGGCAUCUGACAGGCAUUAAUGCACAGUGAGAAUUACAUUACAUUUACGUGUAGAAGCUGCUCAGAUACACACGGCUCCUUUGUGUCUGUCACGAUGCAAAACGUGUCCAAACUUUUACAUUUUGAUAUGAAAAUGGAGUAAAACCCAGAGACCCUACAGGUGGACCCCCUAUUGAUGCUUUUCGAAAUGUGAAUUAUAUCCCAGUUCUCACAGAAUAAUUGGUGCUAGGUUGUUGGUGUAAGACAUUUUGUAUAACGGUUUUAUUGUCUCAUUAAAAAGGAGUUAUUCAUAAUAUUUUGUUCACUAUAGAACUGGCAACAAUCUCCUUAACUGCCCCCGGAUUUCACCUUUAAUGGCGUCACUGAUUUAGUGCGAGCAAACACAUCAGAGAUCAUUCUUUUUCUGAUAUAGUGCCUUUUGAAGCCAGCGUUUUUUCUAAGAGUUGCGAUUAUUCUGUGUGUCAAAAUUGUUUUAUCUUCUGCGGUCUUAUUUGACUUGUUUCACCACUUUGUCCUCAACACUGCUGAUAAAUUGCACUUGAUGUGUCCUCUGUGUUGACUAAUUUUCAUGGAUUUGAUCAUAGAAAAUGCUUUAUUUGCCACAUAUCUGCAAAUUUUUGAUAACUAAAGUGUCACCCACGUCGAUGAUAUUGGUAGAUUGUUAAAACAAUAAAAGAAGCAAAGCAGAUUUGA